AUGUUAAAAUCCGUGAAACGUUUAGGCAUCUAUUUAACAGCAAGACGUGUUAAUAAAAAACCAAUGAGUUUGAUGUAUUUAUUUUAUAUUGACCUACAAUUUAAAAUAACGGUAAUAUAUGGUGAAAACAAAUUACCAUCGAUGUAUGAUACAGAUACAUCUGACAAUUAA